AGCAAUAAUUGAAUAAUCAGACCAUGUCAGAAUUUGAUGUGGAGACAGCUAUACCCAGCACCAGAGAUCCGGGAUCUGACCAGGGAGAAGACUCUAAUGAAGAGAAGUUGACCUUUGACAUUUCUGACCCUGAGGGAGAAGGUCAUCAACACAAAGUAAAAGUGAAGAAAGAAGAGGCAGAUUUUGCAUCCAGACCAGAAAGUCAUCUUGUAAAUUUAAACUGUAGUGUAAAUGAAAAUGAAUUAGGGAAUUUCGAACAAUCCAUAAAUGCAUGUGAAAGUAAAAGGCCCAAUGAAUGUAACAUCUGUAGGAAAACGUUUAAUCAUCCACAUGAGUUACGGAGACACAUGAGUAUACAUUCAGGUGAUAAACCUUAUAGAUGUAAUGUGUGUGAAAAGGCAUUCAAACUGACAAGAGACUUACAGAGACACAUGAGGACACAUACCAGUGAAAAACCUUAUAACUGUGAUGUGUGUGGAAAGUCUUUCAAACUGUCACAUCACUUACAGGAUCACAUGAAAAUACACACAGGUGAUGAACCUUAUAAAUGUGAUGUGUGUGAAAAGGCAUUCAAACGGAAAAUUGACUUUCAUAGACACAUGAGAACACAUACCGGUGAAAAACCCUAUAAAUGUGAUGUGUGUGGGAAGGCAUUCAGACAGUCACAACACUUACAGGCUCACAUGAGGACACAUACAGGUGAUAAACCUUAUAGAUGUGAUGUGUGUGGGAAGGCCUUCAACGAGUCACAGAACUUAAAGAGUCACAUGAGGACACAUACAGGUGAUAAACCUUAUAAAUGUGAUGUGUGUGGGAAGGCAUUCAGCCAGGCACAAAAUUUUAAGAGUCACAGGACAACACAUACAGGUGAUAAACCUUAUAAAUGUGAUGUGUGUGGGAAGUCUUUCAGCCAGUCACAAAAUUUACUGAUUCACAUGAGGACACAUACAGGUGAAAAACCAUAUAGAUGUGAUGUGUGUGGGAAGGCAUUCAGCCAGUCAAAAUAUUUAAAGAGUCACAUGAGGACACAUACAGGUGAAAAACCUUAUAAAUGUGAUGUGUGUGGGAAGGCAUUCAGCCAUUCACAAAACUUACCGAUUCACAUGAGGACACAUACUGGAGAAAAACCUUAUAAAUGUGAUGUGUGUGGGAAGGCUUUCAACCAGUCACAAAAUUUUAAGAGUCACAUGAGGACACAUACAGGUGAUAAACCUUAUAAAUGUGAUGUGUGUGGGAAGGCAUUCAAACUGUCACAUCACGUACAAGGUCACAUGAGAAUACAUACUGGUGAUAAACCUUAUAAAUGUGAUGUGUGUGGGAAGACAUUCAGCCAUUCACAAAAUUUUAAGAGUCACAUGAGGAAACAUACAGGUGAUAAACCUUAUAAAUGUGAUGUGUGUGGGAAGGCUUUCAACCAGAAACAGAACUUAAAGAGACACCUGAGGACACAUACAGGUGAAAAACCGUAUAAAUGUGAUGUGUGUGGGAAGGAAUUUGCACUGUCACAUCACCUACAGGACCACAUGAAGACACAUACAGGUAAUAAAUCUUAUAAAUGUGGUGUGUGUGAGAAAGCAUUCAACAGAUUAAAUGACUUACUGGAUCACAUGAGAAUACACACAGGUGAUGAACCUUAUAAAUGUGAUGUGUGUGAAAAGGCAUUCAAACGAAGAAUUGUCUUUCAUAGACACAUGAGGACACAUAUCGGUGAAAAACCUUAUAAAUGUGAUGUGUGUGGGAAGGCUUUCAGCCAGUCACAAUAUUUUAAGAGCCACAUGAGGACACAUACAGGUGAUAAACCUUAUAAAUGUGAUGUGUGUGGGAAGGCAUUCAAACUGUCACAUCACUUACAGGGUCACAUGAGAAUACAUACUGGUGAUAAUCCUUAUAAAUGUGAUGUGUGUGGGAAGACAUUCAGACAGUCACAACACUUAAAGGAUCACAUGAGGACACAUACAGGUGAUAAACCUUAUAUUUGUGAUGUGUGUGGGAAGGCAUUCAACAUCUCUCAAAACUUAAAGAGGCACAUGAGGACACAUACAGGUGAAAAAACCUUAUAAAUGUGGUGUAUGUGGGAAGGUUUUCAACAUCUCUCAAAACUUAAAGAGGCACAUGAGGACACAUACAGGUGAAAAAACCUUAUAAAUGUGGUGUAUGUGGGAAGGUUUUCUGCCAGUCACAACACUUACAGAGUCACAUUAGGACACAUGAUAAUCCUCAUAUUUGUGAUAUAGAUGAUAAUCCUUAUGUAUGUGAUGUUUAUGAAAAGGCAUUCAAUUGUUCUAAAAAACUUCAAAAGACAUUGUAGGAUACAUAGUGGUGACAAAGCUUAGAUCACUCUGUAGAUAUGUGGUUUGUGUAAGAAAGCGUUCUAUGAAAAAAUGGAUUUAAAUAAACACAUGAGGACACAUACACAUGAUACAGAUGAGAACUAUAUAAUGUGAUGUAUGUGAAAAGGCAUUCAAACAAUUAGGUAACUUAGAUUUGUAUAUGAGAACACAUAUGAUUUAUAAACUUGAUGAAUAUUGUGGGGGGGGGGAAGGUCGACGGAUCCAGUAAUGCACAGGUUCAGGAAUAGAUACAUUCAGGUUACCUUAGGAAUGGGAUAUAUGAGUGGGAAAACAUUCUCUGAAUAAGAGAUAAGAAACGCAUGACUGGUCGACAGGGGAUGCUCAUUCCUCCAUGGUACCUGGUCCUUCUUCUAAAGUGUUGUAGGUCCAUGUUUCCUGUGCUCGUAUUUUGUAUUAUUAGCUCACUUGAGCCUUUGGCUCAAGGGAGCCUUUCUGAUCACAUUUUUUUCGGCGUCCGUCUGUCUGUUUGUCUGUUUGUCUGUAAACUUUAUCACAUUUUCAACUUCUCGAGAACCGCAGGGCCGAUUUCAACCAAACUUGCCAUAACGGAUCCUUGGGUGAAGGAUUCAAGUUUUUCUCAAAUGAUGGGCCACGCCCACAUUCAAGGGGAGAUAAUUGGGAACUAAUGAAAAUUUGGUGGUAUGCUUUAAAAAUCUUCUUCUCAAGAACCACUAUGCCAGGAAAGAUGAAACUUAUGGGGAAAGAUCCUCAGGAAGUGUAGAUUCAAGUUUGUUCAAAUCAUGACCCCCAGGAAAUAUAUAGGGAUUUUUAAAAAUCUUAUUCUUAAGAAUUGCAAAGCCAUAAUUGAUCAUAUUCAUAUGGAAGCAUUCUCAGUAUUUUUGUUGAAACUUCUUUAAAAAUCAUCUUCUUAAGAAUAGCAACUACUCCUCCUACAGUUUUGGUCUGAUUUCAAUAUCACAUGGCACACAAGUAGACUACCAUAAGAUACAUAAAAUAGUGAAUCGGUUUUUGAUUUAGAUGAAAGUCGUUGCCAUGGUUACUAAGAAUAGAAUUUUCUGUGAAAUUCCUUUAAAACGCUACUCUUUCUACAGUUUUAGUCUCAUUUCAGUAUCACUUGGCACACAAGUAGAUUACACUAUGAUGCAUUAAAUUGUGCAUCGGUUUUGUAUUUAAAUGAGUGGUGUUGCAAUGGUUACUAAAAUUAGAAUUUUCUGAGAAAUUCCUUUAAAACGCUACUCCUCCUACGGUUUUAGUCUGAUUUAAAUAUUACUUGGCACACAAGUAGACAACACUAAGAUACCUAAAAUAGUGCAUCGGUUUUUGAUUUCGAUUAACGGUGUUGCCAUGGGUACUAAAUAUAGAAUUUUCUGUGAAAUUUCUUUAAAACGCUACUCCUUCUACAGUUUUAGUCUCAUUUCAAUAUCACUUGGCACACAAGUAGACUACACUUAAUAUACAUGAAAUAGUGCAUCGGUGUUUGAUUUCGAUUAGCGGUGUUGCAAUGGUAACUAAAAAUAGAAUUUUUCUGAGAAAUUCCUUUAAAACGUUACUCCUUCUACAGUUUUGGUCUGAUUUCAAUAUCUCUUGGCACACAAGUAAACUACACUAAUUUACAUAUAACAGUGCAUCGGUUUUUGAUUUCAAUGAACGGUGUUGCCAUGGUUACUAAAAGUAGAAUUUUCUGAGAAAUUCCUUUAAAACGCUACUCCUUCUACAGUUUUGGUCUCAUUUCAAUAUAACAUCACACAAGUAGACUACACUUGGAUACAUAAUUCUGUGCAUCAGUUUUUGAUCAGUACAAACCAGUAGAGCUACAGAGGUUUUCCUAGCCACAGUGCUCAGGUGAGCGAUGUGGCCUAGGAGCCCUUGUUUUAUUGAAUUUUGUUCUUCAAUACUGUUUGCUAUGUACAUAUGUUUUAUCAUGAGGUGAAAAACAAUAAAAAUAUAAUGUGUUAGUGACCACAUAUAAACUGUAGGCCUUUCAACUUCUUUUUCAAGUUGCACAUACAUGUGUGGUAAAGACAUUUCAGAGAAAGAUUUAUGGGUACAUAAAGUUAUAAAAAGAUAACUUAUGCAUGCCUUUAAAUUAAAUAAUUGACUUGAACGAUGUUGUGUUUUAAGGACAGGUAACUCGAGAUGUCUUGAGUGUGAAAAUGACUGACUUAUACCCCAAGCAUACGACGCGAUUUGCAUACCUCAGCAAAUUUUACACAUAAGAAAAUUUACUCACGUGUGCAAUUUAAGUCGUAUGAACUAAUUUACUAUAUGCAACUUCUGCACAUUUGAGUAAAUUUACACCUGGUCUGGACUAGGGGUAAAUU